CCGCCCGCGCGGAGCGCACUCGGCCCGGCGGCGGCAAGAGCACAGCCUCUCCAGGGAGCGGGGGAGACCGUGAGCAGCCAGCCAGCCAGGGCGAGACCCCAAGGCCCACGGAGGGACCCCCUGAUUCCAGCCACGUCUCUCUCUACGCCUGCCCAACGCCCACCACUGCCAGGGACGCCCCCACCCCAAAGCCGGCCUCUUCGUCUGCGCGCGCCCGAGCGCGCGCGCUCUCUCCGCGGGGACACGGGGGGCCACACCUGAGCGCGGGGUGCCCGGCGCACCCUCCUCCCUCAUGGGCCUUCGCUGAAGGCCCCCGACCGAGAGUUCCGAGCGGAGAAGACGGCUUGCACCCGCUCUCAGGGGAGGGUCAGAUCUGGGGGGGCUAGGGCCCCCAAACUCGGAUCGGAUCCAGCCACAGUGAGGAGGCGCCAUGGAGCUCCGGGCGCUGCUCUGCUGGGCUUCGAUCGCAGCUGCAGUAGAAGAGACCCUACUGAACACAAAACUGGAAACUGCGGAUCUGAAGUGGGUGACUUACCCUCAGGCAGAAGGCCAGUGGGAGGAGCUGAGCGGUCUGGACGAGGAGCAGCACAGCGUGCGCACCUAUGAGGUGUGUGACGUGCAGCGCGCCCCGGGCCAGGCUCACUGGCUGCGCACGGGCUGGGUACCGCGGCGGGGCGCCGUGCACGUGUACGCCACGCUGCGCUUCACCAUGCUCGAGUGUCUGUCCCUGCCGCGGGCUGGCCGCUCCUGCAAGGAGACCUUCACCGUCUUCUACUACGAGAGCGAAGCUGAUACUGCCACGGCCCACACGCCAGCCUGGAUGGAGAACCCGUACAUCAAGGUGGACACAGUGGCUGCAGAGCAUCUGACCCGCAAGCGCCCUGGGACGGAGGCUACCGGGAAGGUGAACAUCAAGACCCUGCGCUUGGGGCCGCUCAGCAAGGCUGGCUUCUACCUGGCUUUCCAGGACCAGGGGGCCUGCAUGGCCCUGCUCUCCCUGCACCUCUUCUACAAAAAGUGCUCCCAGCUCACCAUGAACCUGACCUACUUCCCAGAGACCGUGCCGAGGGAGCUGGUGGUGCCCGUGGCGGGCAGCUGUGUGGCUGACGCCGUCCCUGCCCUCGGCCCCAGCCCCAGCCUGUACUGCCGGGAGGAUGGGCAGUGGGCUGAGCAGCCGGUCACGGGCUGUAGCUGUAACAAAGGGUUCGAGGCUACAGAUGGGAACAAGCAGUGCCGAGCCUGUGUCCAGGGCACCUUCAAGUCCCAGGCAGGGGAGGGGUUCUGCCAGCCAUGCCCAGCCAACAGCAACUCUAACAACAUCGGAGCUUCUUUCUGCCAAUGCCGCAAUGGAUACCACCGUGCCCCCUCGGAACCCUUGAGUGCACCUUGCACUACCCCGCCCUCCGCCCCGCGGAGUGUGGUUCCCCAUCUGAACGGCUCUGCCCUGCGUCUGGAAUGGAGCGCCCCCCUGGAGUCUGGUGGCCGAAAUGACCUCACUUACGCUGUGCGCUGCAGGGAGUGCCGGCCUGGGGGCUCUUGCAUGCCUUGUGGGGGAGACCUGACCUUUGACCCCGGACCCCGGGACCUGCUUGAGCCCUGGGUGUCCAUCCGAGGCCUGCGUCCUGACGUCACCUAUACCUUCGAGGUGGCCGCCUUGAACGGUGUGUCCUCCGUAGCCAUGGGACCCGUCCCUUUUGAACCUGUCAAUGUCACCACUGACCGUGAGGUGCCUCCUGCAGUAUCUGACAUUCGCGUGACAAGGUCAUCACCCAGCAGCCUGAGCCUGUCAUGGGCUGUCCCCAGAGCACCCAGUGGGGCUGUGCUGGACUACGAGGUCAAGUAUCAUGAGAAGGGUGCGGAGGGUCCCAGCAGUGUCCGCUUCUUGAAGACAUCGGAAAACAGGGCAGAGCUGCGGGGUCUAAAGCGGGGAGCCAGCUACCUGGUCCAGGUUCGAGCCCGCUCCGAGGCUGGCUACGGCCCUUUUGGCCAGGAGCAUCACAGUCAGACCCAGCUGGACGAGAGUGAGAGCUGGCGGGAGCAACUGGCGCUGAUCGCGGGCACAGCCGUGGUGGGCGUGGUGCUGGUCCUGGCGGCCAUCGUCAUCGCUGUUCUCUGCCUCAGGAAGCAGAGCAGCGGGAGGGACCGGGAGUACUCGGACAAGCACGGGCAGUACCUCAUCGGGCACGGUACUAAGGUCUACAUCGACCCCUUCACUUACGAAGACCCUAACGAGGCGGUGAGGGAAUUUGCCAAAGAGAUAGAUGUCUCCUACGUCAAGAUCGAAGAGGUGAUUGGCGCAGGCGAGUUCGGCGAGGUGUGUCGGGGUCGACUGAAGGCGCCCGGGAAGAAGGAGAACUGCGUGGCCAUCAAGACCCUCAAAGGGGGCUACACGGAGCGGCAGCGGCGCGAGUUCCUGAGCGAGGCUUCCAUCAUGGGGCAGUUCGAGCACCCCAACAUCAUCCGCCUCGAGGGUGUGGUCACCAACAGCGUGCCGGUCAUGAUCCUCACAGAGUUCAUGGAGAACGGUGCCCUGGACUCCUUCCUUCGGCUGAAUGAUGGUCAGUUCACCGUCAUCCAGCUGGUGGGCAUGUUGCGGGGCAUCGCCUCGGGCAUGCGGUACCUAGCUGAGAUGAGUUACGUUCACCGAGACCUGGCUGCCCGCAACAUCCUGGUCAAUAGUAACCUGGUCUGCAAGGUCUCCGACUUCGGCCUCUCCCGGUUCCUGGAGGAGAACUCCUCGGACCCGACCUACACGAGCUCUCUGGGAGGGAAGAUCCCCAUCCGAUGGACGGCCCCUGAAGCCAUCGCUUUUCGGAAAUUCACCUCUGCCAGUGAUGCCUGGAGCUAUGGCAUUGUCAUGUGGGAGGUCAUGUCUUUUGGGGAACGACCCUACUGGGACAUGAGCAAUCAGGACGUGAUCAACGCCAUUGAGCAGGACUACCGGUUACCGCCACCCCCAGACUGCCCCACGUCCCUCCACCAGCUCAUGCUAGAUUGUUGGCAGAAAGACCGGAAUGCCCGACCCCGCUUCCCCCAGGUGGUCAGCGCCCUUGACAAGAUGAUCCGGAAUCCUGCCAGCCUCAAAAUCGUGACCAGGGAGAAUGGAGGGGCCUCACACCCACUUCUGGACCAACGACAGCCUCACUACUCUGCCUUUGGCUCUGUGGGCGAGUGGCUUCGAGCCAUCAAGAUGGGAAGAUACGAAGAAAGUUUUGCAGCGGCUGGGUUCGGCUCCUUUGAGCUGGUCAGCCAGAUCUCCGCUGAGGACCUGCUCCGAAUUGGAGUCACUCUGGCGGGACACCAGAAGAAAAUCUUGGCCAGUGUCCAGCAUAUGAAGUCCCAAGCUAAGCCUGGUGCCCCCAGCGGGACAGGAGGAUCAGCCCCACAGUACUGACCUCCAAGAACUCACCACUCCCCCGGGGGACAUGGCCUCCCCUUCUUCCCGGGGCAGAGUUGAAUGGGGACUCACAGAGGACCCCCCCCAUCGCAGAGCCCCACUGGAUUGCACUUUGAACCCGUGAGGGGUCUGGGGAGUUGGCAAAUCGGAGAUCCAGGAUUUGGGAUUUGUCAUACAGGAUGGAUGACAUCACAUCUGGUCCCCUGCAAGCAAGGGUACCCCAGAUCCUCAGUGAGCAUGCAUGCUUUUCCCUUAAGAUUGGGUGUGACCAGAGGGAAAGAAUGCGUCCAUAAUCUCCUGUCCUUCCCAGAGGGACCCUCCUCGCCUUUGUCCCUGCAGACCAAAGAGAGGGUGACCAUCCUGUUAGCGCCAUAGAGGAGCGCUGUCCCAGGAGGCAGGAAGGGCUGUCGUGACCCAGUGACAGAAUCAUUGGAUUUGAUGUCCCAACUUGCUGCUGUCCCCACCAAUCACAAUCAUUUUUCCCUUGUAAAUGUCCCUCUCCCCCAUCUGCUGCCUUCAUAUUGAAGGUUCUGAUUUUUAUUAUUUUUUGUUCUCGGUCUUAUUUUUCCCCUCCCUCUCCUUUUAUUGUUAUUUUUUCCCCUCUACCGUCCUUGUCCUAAUUUUCUUGUGAUAAAGGGCACCUGUUUCUGCUGUCUCCUGUUGAA